GGUUUUAGAAUUUCUAAAUCUUGUGGUUUUGGCGCUGAAUGAGUGUGAAGGGAUUGUAAUGGAAGAACAAUUGGGGAACGGCAUGAUGUCAAGGUCGAAAACGACUCAGGAGUUGGCGAUGGAAGGACAGAAGUACUUGGAAGAGACCAUAGAGUUCGCUUUCCAGAUCCUCUCUUCCAUGAACGACGAGCUCUGCAACCCUGUCCUGUGGUCCACCUCUCCCUCCGCCACUUCCACCUCCCCUAAUGCCCCCUCCGCCACCACUGACUCCGCUUCAGACAACUCCAAUCUUCACUCCGAUGGCGCCACAGCCUCUGCCGGCGCCGGAGGCGCCCUCGAAGAGGCUCGCCUGCGGUACAAGAACGCUGUCGCUGCGCUUCGGACCAUUCUCACUGCCAUUCCUAACUCCCAGAAGUCAAAAUCAUUUGAUACCGGUUCAGCUUCUAGCCCUGCUGAUGAAGCUGAAAUUGAUAAGUUGGAGGAGCGAGCCUCAUCUCUAAGAAGGGAGCUUGCCAACAAGAACUUGCUCCUGAAGACACUCAUAGAUCAACUGCGUGAUCUUAUCACUGAUAUAUCAACAUGGCAAAGUCCUUUAUCAACCUAAAGUUUGGGACGAAUACUUAAAUUUGUGGAGCGGUCCCCGAAUCUCAAUAUGUUAUCGUCCUAUGGGUUCAGAAAAUCCUUAAUGAUGAUAGCUUGUAUUUUGUAGAUUUUUUCCUUAUAAUUUUUAUAAAAUAGCAACCUGCCAAUCCUUAACAACAAAAGAAAAUGUAACUAACUACUUUCUUUUGAACCUUAGAGAAGUGUUCCUGUAUUUUGUCUGAGAGAUGAAACUUGUUUGUUGCACCAUUUUUUUCAAUUUAUAGCUCGUUAUUUAGGUGAA